AUGAUAGUCGGGGCAUGUUAACGUUGUAUCAUAGUUGAUAUGGGUAUAGAAGGGUGAUGUUAAGAACCUAAUACACUAGGGGGGGGGGGGGGGAGGUGUAGUAAUGUACUGUAACAUUACCAAAUUUAUAAAAAUCGAUGUACAAUAUGAAAUAUUACACCUAUAACAGCAUAUUUAAUGCAAACACGUAAUAAUAUUCUUUAUUUUAGGUCUGUCGCUCUUCAGAAGCCGUGAAACUGCUGUACGGUGAAGCCGAAUCCCAAUUCCUGACUGGCUUAUACCCGGCCAAAGAGAAAGACACGAUCAAGAUGGCCGCCAUCAUACUACGAUUGCGUUUCGGCCAACAACUCGGGAAUAACAUGGAGUAAGUGUAUCAUUAUAUAUUCGACAUAGGGGGCUGAGAAGGCAUGUAUAAUAUAUGCGUGAUACGUAACGCAUAAUCAACCCAAUUUACGUGACAGUAAAUAAGAGGGUGUGUAAGGUGCAGAUACGAUGUAUGAGAUAGACAUGCUUUUUAUUGUCAGUAUGAACAUGAGUUUAGAAGGUACGGAGUAGUAGGAUAUGAUGAAGGGUUUUAGAGUAAGGUGACUUAGUAUCUUAAUGUUAUGAAUAUUAUAGUAAUUUGUAUGAUGGUGAAAUAUACAUAGUAAAAUAUAAAAUAAAAAAAAUAUUAAAAUAAUAACAAAAAUUUGCUCAAAUUACCAAAGUAACCUACUAUAAUAUAGCAAGUGUUACAAAUUCAUACAUAUCUAAACCAUAAAACAUUAACACCCACCACAAAAUAGUUUAUAACCGCAUAGCCUGGAACAAUAUGGUCAUCUGGAAUACGUACUUGAGGCCCUUCACACCUCGUAUGUCCCUUGAUUUAUAUAUACUUCCGUAUGAAAUCGGGGCCAAUAUUCGGAACAAUGGGCGGGUCAGAGGGCAAAGGCGCGCUUUCAAUAGACCGCUGGCUAAUUAAGGACCGAGGAGGGUCGCCCAGAAAGUUUAGAACUCGUGGGAAUCCCAGCAAUUAAAGACAGCCGGAGGGCGCUAAUUUCAAUAUGGUCAGUUAAAAGGUCAGGGCUCCAGUUUCAGCUCGUCUUUAUCUACUGUAUUUUUAAAAAGUUAAAAAUUGUUUUUGUCCUGAGGGUAGGCAGGGUACGUUUCGCAUAGUAAGAAGCUUGCAGGCCGCGUAGUAGCUUCCUUAGCCUUAAACUAGCCUUACAGCUGCUUCACCUUAACUUUGCUUAGCCCUAACCUAGUCUUACCACUGUUCUACCCUAGCUUUACCCAGCCUUGUCUUACUUAUACCACUCUAAACGAGUUAGACUACCCAUAUCACUCUAAACCAGUUAGACUACCCGCACCACUCUAAAUCAGCUAAAACAAUAACAGACUAAUUAAAAAACACAGUUUAAUCUACAGUAUCUGAAGAGCCUAAACAAAUACUCGUGCACAAGGUCAAGUACCGUGCCCAUAUUGAGCCGUUAAUUAGAAGCCCCAAUUAGAAGAUCGGGAUAAUUAGCCAGGUAAACAAGGGAUAUCUGGUCCACAAUUAGCGGUACCCCUUUGGGAUAAAAGAGCGGAGUUUAGCCAGCCGGGAAUGGAAAUCGCUGGAAAUUGGAUUCCGAAAAAAGGGGAAGCCACGGAGUUAUUUUACAAUAUUGAACAGAUAUUAAAUGCAACAUGACAGCGGGCAAACAUACGACAAUGUUGUUGCGAGAGCAAUCGAAAAUAGACUUGGGAUCGAGAGUUAAGGAGAAUAUUUGGUGUUUUUACGUUGUUUUAGGUUACAACGAGGGGCUUGACAGUGUAAUGUAGGGGGUAUGUAUUAAAGAUUACUUUAUGUACAAUAUUAUCACAGUUUAUAGAUUAGAAAAAAACUUAAAAGGCUAAAGUAAAUCAUCUAAAACAAUUAAUUAAUACCCAAAUCAAUAUAGAGGAAAGAACUAAAGGUUACGUUAUGUACAAUAUUAUAACAGUUCAGAUGAAAAAAAGACACUAAACUCAAAUAAAUAAUUAAAACAACUCAAAAGACCAAGUAAAUCAUAUAAAACAAGCCAAUAACCCCAACGCACAGCCCAAAAAACAACAAAGCAAGAGUACGUGGUUUAAGUAAUGUCCAAUACACAUGGCCCAUCACUCAGUAACUUCAAAAAAUAUUUGUCACACUCCGGAGGCAUUUGCGGCGACAUAAGCCGUAUGCCUCAUUUGUAUUCACAACCGCCUCUGCCGUCUCGAGAGUGACCUCAGAUCAGGGAUAUUACAAAAAGGACCGUGUUGAUAAUCGGAAAAGGCAUUAGAGAUAAGCGACAGUGUAAUAAGCCGUAAAUGUUUGUCGAUUAGCCUUCUGAAGGGCCGAACCAAGUUUACAAUAUUGUUUUAGAUGCAAUUAUGGUGUUUUAGAUUAAAGGUUAGUAAUGGUUAGAGGGACAAGUGUUUUAAGAGAGAUUUUGAGUUGGCAUUAUGUUAAGGAUAAGAGUAAAAGUCACGGUUUUAAAGAGUUUAGAGUAAAACAUAGAUGGCCACAUUAUUAACGGUAGAUGAAUCUUUCAAAGUUUGAACAAAAAUAGUUUUAGUUCUUCAAAUAACUAAGCUAUUUGUUAACACUGAAAAAUAUAAAAAUUUUAAAGGUUUUAUAACAAAGUCUAGGCUUGUAAUUUACGUUAUUUUUACCGUGCAAUUAACCAGAAUGACCUAUUACACUAAACCGCGCAACAUCAACACCUUUAGUUUACAAUAUUUAUAGAUGAAACAUAUUUUAGCUGCUUUAUACAAAAAAGCCACUUAAAAUCAAAUUUAAAUAUUACCAGUCUUAAAAUGGUACACUUAAGCACUCGAAAAGGGGGCGGGGCCUGUCGAGCCGCCUCUUGGCCAUUCUUUGUAAUAGAAGGCGGGGAAGCCCUUAUGUAGAAGGUCAUAAGCACCUUCUGAUGAUCCCGGAAUUGGAGUGGACACUCUUCCACCAAAAACUGGUGGGAAUUGAAUUUGCGGCGGAAUGUUCUUCUUUUUCAAAAAGAUUUGGCCGCUAAACGGCGCCUCGAAAAGGUGCCAAAACCGCCGGAAACGGGCAAAGACAAUUACAACACGGACAAUAGACCAAACAUACGACGGAACGCGCGUUUACUAUGCAGAACACGGGUUGUGAUGACUUUGUAGGGAGCUAUAACAACAUUCAUGGCAAAGGUAUCAUAAUAUUAGACUUUAUGAUAAUUGCGACAAUAGAAUUCAAAGACUUUGAUGACAUAUGGCAAAUAACUCUGUAACUCUUUCAAAAAUAUUCGGACCUUUAGACCUAAACCACGGAACGAUGAGCACAUUGUAAUCAAAGAGAUGGAACGUUGCGGGUAAAAAGGCACGUUAGGGACGGAAAUUGGAGAGGAUGUGAUUAAUGCCCACAUAUUAUUCAUGUUUUUGUUUUGAAUCUGGCGUUAGUUAAGUAUUCGUAUUCAGAUAAUGGAUGCGCUGACUUGAAAACAAUACUUUACGAUACUAUUUAGUACUAAACACAUAAUUGCCUUAAGAAAAGUACUUGAUUUUAGUCUUAUUUUGAAAGAUACGAUCUUGACUUCAACGACAAGAUUUUAUGACAAAGUAUAAGAGACAAGAAUGAUUAAAACCAUAAGUUAUUACCUAAAAUACUUCGAGAAUCCACAAGAAAUUAUAAGAAACAGAAAGAAAUGAUAAAGCAACCAGCUGGCAGUAAUAUCAAUAACUUCGAGUGCUAAUUAGCGUUAACAAAGUGUUAUGCCGAGAAGAACAUGUUGGCAGAUGUUUUUGAUGUCUCUCGAAAGUAAUCCCACAUUAGAGAAUGUAUUGUUAAAGGGCGGAAACAAAUCCCAACAUGGAUAAUAUAAUUAGAAAGGAACGUUUUAGCUGUUUAGAGAGAAGGAAAUUGUCAUACACAAAGAGGAUGAUAAUGGAGAUUGUGAGGAUAAAGGUCAUUUUUGUUGAUCGAAAAGUUCAUAGUUAAAAUAUUGGUCAAAAAAUUCAUAAAAAUUUUAUAGAAAUAGUGACCGAAGGCAUAAAUGGUUAUUCUAAAGACUUUUGAUACUAUUGCCAAUUGUAGUAUAUUGCCACUUAUACUGUGACUUACAUUUGACAUGUUUCAGUUUUACCGCCGUCUCCGCGUGUAUGCCGAAACAUUUAAUACCCACGGAAAGUGACCGUGCUUUCCAGAAGUUGGUGUCAAAGCUGAAGGAUGCCCACUCUCAACUGACAGCCACCACCUAUCAGCAAUUACAAUUCAACUUUCUACAGUUAUGUUGGAAGCUGAAUGUGUAUGGGUGCACCUUCUUCAAGGCUGUCAUGUCACACAGUAAAGUAAGUUAUACUGAGCUUAUGUAUGUUAAGCUAUAGGUAAUCUUACCUAAUAGUAUGAGUAAUGUACUUUUUCUAACAAUAAGAUACUAUACAAUUGGGUCUAAAACAACUUAUAUUACUUUAAACCAAAGCAGAAUAUAGGACAGUAAUAAUACUAUGAUCAGAAUGUCAGAGUAAAUGUUGUUUUACUAUGUAAAUAACAAGAUAUAUGCAAUGACAUGCAAUCUGUUGCCGCUGUAAUUGUAAAAAAGUAAAGUUACUACCUAAAAAUAGUAAUUUUAAUAAUGGCAGAGUACUUAAUUGCUACGUUUACAAGGUUUUAACAGCUACGUUUAAGUAUUACAACAUAUCAUAGUGAAACAUAUAUAGUAGAACUAAGAAUAGUAAGAGAAGCUAUGAUGAAUAUGUAUAAUUUAUGCAAAAAGUAAUCAAAGUAAUACGUCGUAUAAAAUAAGUAAUUAGCCAUUACCCUAAGUAAGAGCAACAAUGUCAUAUUAGCCAUCAUGAAGCCCUACCAUGUAAUUAUAUGUCGCUUAUAGCUAAAUUAAGAUAUUGUACGGAUUCAAAUACUAUUUUGGAAAUUUAUAGUUUCUACAGUAAUAAUAACGUUUACGUUAACAUAAAAUUCUGACUGUAAAAGGUAAAAAACAUAAAUUCAUGUUACAGUAUACCUACAGUAAUUAAAAAAUAAAGGCCAUUAAAAUUCUCAAAUUUAUCUGAAAUGAGUAAAACAAUAUUGUUUUAGCCUCCUUUUGGGACUUCGCCAGUCUAUCUGGGAGUAAAUGACUGGGGAGUAUCAGUUAUCAGCCAACAAACCCUGAAGCAGAUAGAAGCCAUCGAGCUACAACAAUGCGAACUUGUGCACGGUACUGGCGGACAUCUUGAGCUUCACCGGAAGCGACAUGAGAUAUUGGUAUUCUCGACUCCACAGGUGAGCUAUUAUAGGUAUAUUGUGGUAGGGGUGUUCUAUUCAAGGUAUAUUAUAGUAGACGGUAUUAUAUUAUAGUAGACAGGUGUCCUAAUCUCUUAAUUCCAGGCUCUUUUGGUCGCUCAACUCUUCAAACAGCUCCAGACUAAAGUGGCAGGAGCUCAGGUCAAGAAGUAA